AUGGCCCCAUCCCCCAAUAUUCCAGAUGAAGUCGACUUCAGUCUCUACGGAGGCGCAGAGACGCUCUACGAGGGCAAACAACUCCUCAACUCGGGGCUCUGCAAGACCGAGGUCCAACAUGAUUCCAACUCCAAACAAGAGUCGAUUGCUCGUAUCAAUGGCGUAGACUAUAAAAGUCCUCGAAGGACAGUAAUCGCUAACCCCAACAAUCCCGGAGAUGUGUAUAACGUUCCGCCGAGGGAUACGAGCGACUUUUUAUGGAUCAUGACGGAGGAACCGCACAGGUCGAGGAGGAUGGCUAUUAUGAAGAAACAUCCGGAGGUCCGAAAGCUGAUGGGUCACGAACCUCUCACAAAAUAUGUCGUCACCCUCGUCGUCCUACUCCAAUUCACCAUCGCCUUCGCUCUGCGCAACACCCAUCCUCUCUCGAUUCCAUUCCUCCUCACAGCUUACAUCGUCGGCGGAACAGCAAACCAUAACUUAUUCCUCGCUAUACAUGAGAUCACGCAUAAUUUGGCAUUCAAAGGCGUUAAAGCGAAUAAGAUGUUUGCGAUAUUCGCAAAUCUGCCGAUUGGAGUUCCGUAUGCUGUUACGUUCAAGGGAUACCACCUAGAGCAUCAUAAGUACCAGGGCGAGGACGGUGUGGAUACCGACCUUCCGACCCAGAUAGAGCUCGUCCUCCUCAACAACGUCCUCGGAAAGGUCUUCUUCUGCACCUUCCAAAUCCUCUUCUACGCUCUCCGUCCAGGCUUCGUCCGGUCACAAAAACCCUCCAUCUGGCACGGCAUCAACAUCGCCACCCAACUUAUAUUCGACUUCUUCCUCAUCGUCUACUUCCCCACCGUCCUCUCUUCCCUCGACCCGUUGAUUUCGGGCGGCCUGAGCGUCCUAGGCGGCGGAGGCAUAGAUCUCAUGGGAGCCACGGGCGCUGGAUUGGGCGUGACGGGUGGUGAAGGCACGAGAAUGCUGAUUUACUUCAUAAUGAGCAGUUUCUGGGCGGGAAGUCUGCAUCCUCUCGCGGGACACUUUAUUGCGGAGCAUUACGUGUGGGAUGGGUUGGAUCAGGAGACGUAUAGUUAUUAUGGCUGGCUGAACUGGUUCGCUUAUAAUGUCGGCUACCACAACGAGCACCACGACUUCCCUUCAGUCCCGUGGACCCGUCUUCCUACCCUCCGCGCCCUCGCCCCCGAAUUCUACGAUAACCUCCCCUCGCAUCCAUCCUGGCCCAUGAUCACCGUCAACUUCAUCCGGGACCCGAAUGUGGGGAUCUGGGCGCGGGUGAAGCGGCCGGGACGGGAGGUCAGGGAGAAGGCGAAGAGGGAUGCGGAGGAGGUUAAGGGGAGGGAGGCGAAGGAGGGGAAGGGAGAGUUGGAGGACGUGGAGCUGGAUGGGGGAUGUGCGGAUGAGCCGGCGAUGGAGAUUGGGGGCGUGAAGAGGGAGUAGGACAGAGUUCGCGGUAUGUGAUAGAAGAUAUGGACUUCGGUAUGAUAUGUUGCGGAUGAGGAGGGCUUCAGUACUGGAUACCUCAACUCACAUAGGACACGUGGUGGCCUUGAAAACUGAAAAUCCUUCGACCAGUGGUUCAUGUGAUCUCCUCCGUUCGAGUGCUCUUCUGCUCACUGAUGAGCCUUUGCACGCUGCAAUGCUCGUGUUUCUCACUGGAGAAUAUCAGGAAAUUGAAGGGCACACGCAAGACGCGUACAGGUGGCCCAACC